CCCCGCCCCUUCCCCAACCUGCCGGCCGCGUGGACUCUGGCCGCGCGGGGCGCGCGCUCGGCCGUUGCCGGGAUGUGGUGUUGGCGGCGCGCGGGGCAGGAGCUGCAGAGGCCCCUCCGCGAGCGGCUCCUGCUGUCGCCCGGCUGGGGGUCACGCGCUGGGGCCGCCGCCGCCGCCGCCUCCUCCCUGCCCAGCGCGAGCCCGGGCGGUUUGUACGAGGCGCUGGCCCAGUCGGCCCCCGUGUACUGGGCGGAGAGCGGGCUGGCGGCGCUGCAGGCGGGCACCGGCCUGCCCUGGUGGCUCAGUAUCGUGUGUGCCGGCGCCGCCCUGCGCACCGGCCUCACCCUGCCGCUGGCCGCGCACCAGGGCCACCUCCUGGCCAAGCUGGAAAAUUUGCAGCCUGAAAUAGAAAACCUAGCUAAGCGUCUUCGCUAUGAAGUUUCAAUUCGUGGGAAGCAACUGGGUUGGUCUGAAAAAGUUGCUAGGUUCCAUUUCAGGAAGAAUAUGGGAAGAAUUGUUUCAGAAUUGUAUAUUCGAGACAACUGCCACCCCUUCAAGGCUAGUCUGUUGAUGUGGAUACAGAUUCCAGUGUGGGUGUUUGUUUCCAUAGCUUUGCGUAACUGCAGUGUAGGUGCAGCAGACUCAGAAGUCCUUGCAGUUCAGGAACAGCUGUCGACAGGUGGAACCCUGUGGUUUACAGACCUUACUGUACCAGAUACUACAUGGAUUUUGCCAGUCUCACUUGGGCUCCUCAAUUUGCUGAUAGUGGAGAUCUUUGCUCUGCGAAAACUUGAACUGUCCAGGUUCCAGAAGUACAUUACCAACUUCAUUCGAGGACUGUCAAUACUGAUGAUUCCUAUUGCUGCAACUGUACCUUCAUCCAUGGCUUUGUACUGGUUAUCCUCCAGCUUCAUGGGACUCUCACACAACCUGCUACUGCGCUCUCCAACUUUUCGUCGACUGUGCCACAUACCAAGGACCAAGUCUGACUCAGACACUCCUUAUAGGGAUAUAGUCUCUGCCUUUUAUACUAAGUACUUUUUAAAAAAGUGAUUCAUUUUGCAUUGGUGGAAGAACUACCCUAUACAGGCAACUUGAGUAAUUCAUAAGUCAUAUUGUAUUGAAAUGUACCUAUUUAAUAUGGGGCAAGUCUAUGCUACCACGCUACAUCAGCGCAGUUGCACUGAUGCAGCUGCACUGCUGUAGCUCACCUGGUGAAGAAACGCUAUGCUGACGGGAGGGCAUCUCCCACCGACAUAGCGCGGUGUGGACACUACUUUAAGUCAAUGUCACUCUACGUCGCUCAUGGGUGUGAAAAAGCCAUCCCCUGAGCGACGAAAGUUACAUCAACUGACGCAGUAGUGUAUCCAAGCCCAGAGUGUCUCCUUGAAAGAGAAUGUGAAAGGCUGUCGUUGGAACUGUAUUUUUCCUAAUAAAACAGUGGCUGUCUCUGACAAGAAGUGGAGUGGGUAAUUGUACUAACUUCUUGGCGCAGUGCAAAAUUGUUGGGAUUUUUUUAGUUCAUGUGGUGUUUUGUAUGUUGGGUGUCCAACUAAUAGCAGCUUCUUUCCUUUAUUGGUAAUACAGGAUGAAGAUAGAUGUUAAAAUUGUGGCUGAUGUAGCUCUGCUAUUUACACUGAAUCUGAUUUUAACUACAGGCUAGCGAACAACGAUGUAGCUUUAUUUGAAGACUGAAUGGGUCACUGGGUUGGUAAUGGUGUGCUAGGUCUCCUCUCUCAGACGCUUGUUCUGGUCCCAGGUUCAGAUUCAGUAGUUGACCACAUGUAGUCAAUCUACUGGCCCAUGGGAAAGUUCUAUGGACAACUGACAUGGUGUUUUUGUGAAACUACAAAGGUGGAUUAAUUGCCCACUCGUUUGCAGUGUCAGCCAACUAAUCUGAAACAAGCUAGGAAUCCAUGGAUUUACACAGCAUGAGAAAGGUUCACUGCUACUAUCCAGGAGAACAGGUGUAGAACUUUGUCUCAGGAUACAAGGGUUCUGUUCUUGGCUCUCAUGUUGAGCUUGUAUAAGUUACUUCAUCUCUCCAUAUUUUAGUUUCCCCAUGUAUAAAAUGGGGAUAAUGAUACUUAUCCUGCUUUGUUUAAAAAAAAAAAAAAAAGGCAUCAUGUGAAAGAGCGUAUUAUUCUGGCAGUUGUCAUAGGCACUGGUCUCACUUUUGUAUAGAACUAUGUCACACAGCUCUACAAGACCAAAAAACCAUUGUUUUGUAUGUCAUGUACACACUGUGGAAUGUGUUUAAGUUCAGUGUCCAUAAAGGAAUUAAUUACUACAACAUAAAAUUGAAAUGAAAUGAUUAUUUUAAUGGAAUGCAAAAAGGUGCGGAUAUGGGAAGCCAGUUCAAAUAAUGUAUUAAAUACACAGUAUCAAAUGUAGAAAAUGUUGGGGCUACUCACUGCACACAUUGAAAGAAUACAUAACCAUACAUAGUCUUUCUGACAGCUGUCUGCACUCUCACCCUCCUCCUUUGCAGGUUCUUGCCUUGAUUUGCUUUAAUCAUACGUCAGUAGGCAGUUGUGCCUUUAUUCUGAUGGGUCCGACAAGUUAAACUCCCUUUCCAUUGAAGUUUCACAGCCAUCUCCCAAAAAUGAGAUUUUUAUUCUUCUAACCAGAUGCAUUUUAAAAAGGCCACUCUUGGAUCCAUGCUUGUUACCUUUCCCUCCCAUUCCUUCUCCCUGUUUGUAUCAGACCUCGUUGUUUGGCCUAAUCUUUCCAGUUUGUUUGUGUCUUUUAGUGUAGAUCAUGAUUAGCCCCCCAAGAACAGAGCUUAGAGGGAGGAAUUUGUUUUAUAAAUACUUUUUAAAUGACCAAAGGCUGGAUUCAGCUCUUAUUGAAAUCAGUGGAAUGGCGCUCAUUGAAUUCAAUGUUGGUUUUGACCCUACAUUCACAACUACUGAAACCAGAACAAGAAGCAGCAUAUUGCUUGUAAUCUUGCUUUCAGUGUUUGUCAUACCAUUGGGACAAAUUCAUCCCUGUUGAAUUCUUAUGAUCAGUGUUGUAUUUGGCCCAUUAAACUUUAACAAACAGAAUCUCAAACUAAGUUCUGUAGGGAAGAAAUGCCUGCUGUCUCUGUGGUUAGAGACAAGUGGGUGGACCUGGUGGAGAAGAGAGGAGUAAGUAGGGUCCCAGGCAGGUAUAGAGAAGAGAAACAAGCUGACUGUUCGAUACUCCUUAGCCAAUGCUGAGGAGAACGGGGCGCUGUGGUGGUUUUGGCUGUUUCUCAGAUAGCACAGAAGUGCAGCUGUUGCUCCACCAACUGACUGAAAAGCCUCCUGCCACAGACAGCUGUGGAUGGUGUUAAUCCAGGAUUUGGCAGGUAAGUAGUGAAGAUUUUUUCAAAUACUUUGUUUAAAAAUGUAAAUGUUUAAUUGUUAAUCUUGGAGUUAUUAAUCCCUACUCGCCCACACCAGAAUUGACACAAACAUUC